UGUUGUAGUUUUUGUGCCUGUGAUAUACAGGAUGAAUGGUAUCACCAUCAGGGAGAGCAGUGUGUGAGUGACCAGCUCUGCUAGGCAGCUCUGGGCUCCAGGCACCGUGAGCGUAAACAUGUGGGAGGGUUUCCCUGCUGCCUCACAAACACCUCGCAGUGUGACAGCCUGUCUCUCUGCCGCCUAAAAAUACCCUGCGAAUCUGCUGCCUGUUACUGAGGGGGAGAGGGGGAGACCAGGGGAGCCGUUUCGGGUGUCAGUGGCACUGAGUGCUGGGAUCUACAUUUUUACAAAAAACCCAACAGUUGCUGUUUUAAAGAGUUAACAUGCCGGUGGCUCCAGCUUGUUAGCUGCAGCCAUAGUUUUUAGAGUUUUAUGGUAUCGCUACGUGACGGCACCAUCUUGGAUUAUGUUUUUUCUUGAUUUUUAGAGGAGUAAAGCUCUGCUGUAGCCUGGAUCGGUCGGCUGGGAGGAACAUGGCAGCUCCUCUGAGCUCAGAGACACGCAGAGGGGUGUGUGUUUGGGCGUCGGCGCCCCCGGAGGAGCCAGAGGAGGAAUACUGCACGCCCGGAGGGUACGAGCUAGAGAAGAUCCUCACACGCGGGCCCGGUGUGGCCUACACACGUGUCAACGAGGUCUGGCCCAAUGUCUACAUCGGAGACGAGAUGACGGCGCGGAAGCGCUUUCAGCUGCAGACGAUGGGCGUGACCCACAUCCUGAACGCGGCGGAGAGCAGCCGGAAUGGCGUCGACACCGGCCCUGACUACUACAGCGACACCAACAUCCAGUACUACGGGAUCGAGGCCGACGACGUCCCCACGUUUGACCUCAGCAGAUUCUUCUACCCAGCUGCCGAGUACAUCCACCACGUGCUCAGCCACCCCGACAAUAAGCUCCUGGUGCACUGUGUGAUGGGCCGGAGCCGGUCGGCCACGCUCUUCCUCGCCUACCUCAUGAUCUACCACAGCAUGACGGUGGUGGACGCCAUCCGGCACGUGAGGAGCCGCCGGCGGAUCCUGCCCAACUGGGGCUUCCUGAAGCAGCUGCGGCAGCUGGACGUGCAGCUGCAGGAGCAGCGGCGUUGCGCGGGAAACCAAGGCGACAACGACACCGGCGAAAAUCAACCAUCAGCCUCGGAAUGAUACUUUUCUGCUAGGAAAUUCAUAUA